AUUUUCAGUGGCCCGGAGCACUGGGAGCCAGCUGGUGUGGUGGCUUCCAGUGACCACUCAGAUAAUGAGAGGAAAUGCAAUCAUCAACUCGAAGAAUGCUGGAAAUACUGGGCUGCAGCUCCUAGCGGCCACUCCUGACCUACACCCUCCGUCUCUCCGCAGGCGGCCCUCGGCUGUCCCGCAGAGGCCUCCCAAGAUGUCCUCUUUUAGCUGCUGGGUCCUGCCCGCAGCCCUUCUCACCCUGCUCUGCUGCCCAGGGUCUGCAGAGAAGGCAUUUGAGGUAUAUAUAUGGCCAGAGCAGGUGGUGGUGGAGUCCAGCAGGUCCUUGGAGGUCAACUGCAGCACCAACUGUGCCCAGCCAGAAAGCGGUGGUCUGGAGACCAGCCUAACCAAGACCCUACUGGCCAGCCAGGCUCGGUGGUGUCAGUUCUUGAUCUCAGACAUCUCCCAGGACACAGUCCUCCUUUGCCACUUUACCUGCCUCGGGGAGCAGCAGUCCAAGAAUGCCACCAUCAGUGUGUACCACCCUCCAAAGCAGGUGAUACUGAAGCUGCAGCCCACCUCGGUGACCAUAGGCAACCCCUUCACCAUUGAGUGCAGUGUGCCUGGCGUGGCGCCCCUUGAGAGCCUUACCCUCACCCUGCUCCGUGGUAGGGAGACACUGUACAACCAGACCUUUGAGGGGGCAACAGUUGUCCCCCAAGAAGCCGUAGCUACAUUGAAUGUCACAGCUCACAGGGAAGACGGCCACCACAACUUCUCAUGCCAGGCAGAGCUGGACCUGCGCUCUCGCGGCGGAGGCAUUGUUCGAAGCAUCUCGGAGCCCCAGGUGCUGGAGGUCUAUGAGCCCAUGCAGGACAACCAGAUGAUCAUCAUCGUCACGGUUGUGUCAGUGCUCCUGUUCCUGUUUGUGACGUCUGUCCUGCUGUGCUUUGUGUUCGGCCAGCACUGGCACCAGAAGAGGACAGGUACCUAUGGGGUACUAGCGGCCUGGCGGAGGCUGCCCUGGGCCCACCAGGCACAGGUGGCAUGAGUGGCAGCCUCUGGACCUCAGCGUGCUUCCUCUGGGUUGUGGACCAACCCUGGCUGAAGAACUGUGUGACAAGCAGCAACUUUGGGGACAUUUCCUUUUCUACUCUGAAUACAAACACCUGGACUUAAACCUGUGCCCUUUCUUCUGGGAUAACACCCAAUGGCAGCAGGGGUGGACUUCUCUCCCUCGGCUUCCCUCCCACUCACAGGGGCCCUCUCAGAGCCUCGGCCAGCGCAGGCCACGGGGAGGCCCCCUGCUGUCCAGCGCAGGCACCAGAGCCCCCCCACCCCCCAUCCAGCCCUGAGUGGCUCUUUCCCCCGAGGGAGGGUGGGGGGAAAGCCACCCUGGCCCACUGGGGCAGAGAAAGUCACUUUGUUCCCACUCAGCCUCCAAGACCUCAGGCACUCCUGGUUGGAGCAGGACACAGCUCUGACCUCUCCCUUCU